CACAACACUGUAAUUUUUCCGGCGAGCGGUCCAGGCGAAGAUGAAACAAUGCUUUUAGCCUGAAAAGCAUUUGCUUCACACGCGCCAACAUGUCUGAACUGUUCAUGGAAUGUGAGGAGGAGGAGUUGGAACCAUGGCAGAGGAGAAUCCCUGAGAUAAAUUUGGUGGAUGAUGACGAUGAUGAUGAACCCAUUUUUGUUGGGGAGAUCUGUGGUUCCAAGGUGUCUCCAAACACCAGGCCAAGUGCCGCUCCAGUCCUCAAAGUGGUCAAAUCUCCCAAUCAACGACGUACACCACCCUCAUCAGUUCGCAGUGCAGCACCCAUGUCCCCUGGACCAAGAUUUGUGAGCGGCACGGUGACAAACCCUAACAGGCCUCCACAGACUUCUUCCAGCACACAGUCAGUCUCCUCUGGACCCUCUAAGCUCACCAUCAGAGCAGCUCCACAGCCGGUCACCAAGUCCUUACUCAUCCCUGUGACUUCCCAGGCUGGCUCCCUGCCUGUUGUUGCUCAGAAUGUGUCCCACACUAUAACAGCAGUGACUCCACAGCCUAUCAUUAUUAACAACCAGGGGUAUAUAUUGACUUCUCAUGAGACACCAAAUAAUUCUGCAUUCAUUGCUUCUCUUGGGAGUCAGUAUUCAGGUGGAACCUCCUUCACCGUACUUCCAGCAGGACCACAGCUCUUGCCUCAGGUGACCGCAGCCAGGACCAUGUCCGGGGUUGUUCACCGGCCUCAGGUUCAACUGGUACAGAACAACAUAGUAACCCUUGCAAACAUGCCGAGUCCUUCGCAGCACACGCAGCCAUCUGCACAGUUUGCCUCUAAUGACUUACAGCCCAUGCACAUGAGCUCUGCCAUGCUGCACCCAGUACAGGUGGGCAGCUCAGCUCUACAAAGCAAGCUGGGCACUUCACCAAGACAGCAACCCUCACCACAGCCUUUGCCAGCACUGCAUACUGUUACUAUGAAAGGCAACACCAGUGGAGUUAAGCGGGAUUUUCCUUUGGACUCUUUGAGCCCUGCUAAAAAGACAAAGCUGGAAAACGUUAUAGGAUCCUGCGAUGCAUCUGGUAACACACAAAAUGGAACACCUUUCAGGCAGAAGUGUCCAAAGUGUAACAUUCAGUUCAACUUACCAGAUCCCAUGAAGAGCCAUAUGAGGUACUGCUGCUAUCAUCUGAUGCACACAAUAUUCCCCUCAACCCCCAUGCCUGGCAAAACCUCCAAUUCAGCACAGGACUGGCAGGGAAAAAAGGGCAAACUCAUUAUGCUGGUAACAGAGUUUUAUUAUGGGAGACAUGAGGGCGAUGAGGUCAAGGAGCAGAAGACCAACACUACUUUCAAGUGCAGCAGCUGUCUUAAAGUCUUGAAGAACAACAUCAGGUUCAUGAACCACAUGAAGCAUCACUUGGAGCUGGAGAAGCAGAGCAAUGAGAGCUGGGAGAGCCACACCACCUGUCAGCAUUGCUACCGGCAGUAUGCCACACCCUUCCAGCUACAGUGCCACAUUGAGAGUGCACACAGCCCCUACGAAUCCACUACCAUCUGUAAAAUCUGUGAACUCGCUUUUGAAACUGAACAAGCCCUCCUCGAACACAUGAAGGCCAGUCACAAGCCAGGCGAAAUGCCAUAUGUUUGUCAGGUUUGCAACUAUAGGUCAUCAUUCUUCUCUGAAGUGGAAAGUCACUUUCGAAGUGUGCAUGAAAACACUAAGGACCUCCUGUGCCCCUUCUGCCUCAAGGUCCUCAGGAGUGGACACACGUACAUGCAGCAUUACAUGAAGCAUCAGAAUAAGGGGAUUCAUCGCUGUGGUAAAUGCAGGUUAAAUUUCCUUACUCAAAAGGAGAAAAUGGACCACAAGAUACAGUUUCACCGCACCUUCAAGAAACCUAAAAUCCUAGAAGGGCUUCCUCCUGGAACCAAGGUGACAAUCCGUGCAUCUUUUUCGGGAGGGUCUCCCUCUUCUCCGUCUUCUCCCACUUCUCCCAACAAUUCUGCCAUCAGCGUCAUCUCUUGCAGUCCCCCGGCCAAGCGGCUGGGCAGACCUCCGCUCAGCUCAACCAAAUGUAAGUCCACACAGAGCUCUGGUACAGGGAGACCCAAGGGCCAAAGCAGGAAACAAGACCGCCACCAGCAACUGCAAGACAAGAGCAACCACAUGUUGAAGACCUUAAGAAAUGAAUCUGGGGUCCAAACAUGUAUCGAGUGUUCUACUAAAAUCAGUGACUUCUUCCUGCACUUUCCUGCAACGAUGAGUUGCAGUGCAUGCAAAUAUCAAACAAGCUGCAGCAAGUCAUUUGGAAAUCAUAUGAUCAGGUUUCAUAGUGCUGUCUCUUGGGAUAGACUUCGAAAGAUGAGGAAGCCUCAGAACAGCAUGCGGAGCAUGACGCUGGUUUGUCUUAAUUGUGACUUCCUGGAGGAUGCAACAGGCAGUGACCUCAUGACCAAGCAUCUCGUUGACAGACCACACCACACCUGUCAGGUCAUCAUUGAGAAAGAAGUUUGCAGUGGUGCACCCACCAAUACACAACUCGGAUGGGAGGCCCCCGUAGAAGUAGACACUGUCAGAACUAAGGAAGAUGAGUAUAAAACCAACUUGUGUGGCCAUCUGGAUUCCUCCCCAGACACUGAAGGGACCAAGAAAGCUGACGGUAUUCCUGAUGUCAACAAUAAGUUAGGUGUUUUACAGACCAGUGAUUGUGAAGCACCUUGUAAAUCUUGUAAAGAGGAAGAUGCAGGGGAAGUGAAGGCAAGCGAAGGUGGAGGGCAAGCAGAAGCUGUAGAGCAGGGUACGGGGGAAGUGCCACAUUUGACAUCGAGCCCUGUAGAUUUUCCACAAGAUGACAAGAAGAUUUGUGAGGCGUUUACACAACUGGGUUCUGUGAACAACGGUGGAGUAAAUGGGGAAGACGGUGGUCUACCUGGGGAAGGUGUCCCUUUUGAGGAGUUCCUCAGGAGAGCAGACAAGUCAGAGUCCACAGACUUCAGUGGCAGUGAGCAGAACAGCAUCCACCUGGAGCCCCUUACACCCUCAAAGGUCCUGGAGCAUGAGGCCACAGAGAUCCUGCAGAAGGGCAGCACAUCACCCUCUGAGAACAAUGGAGGCGCUGCCCCUGGCUGGGACUGCAGCAGACCCUCCACUCCUGACAAACCAAACAAUACAAACUGAUGAAAAAUACAUUAGUAAAAUGCUGAUGGUAUUGUUCUCUUUAUAGAAGUUUAUAAAAGUUACUUUGUUGUGUUGAGGGAGGGGCAUGAAAAAUGCUUUGAAAAACUUGUAUGAAACUUGAGUCUUAUUGGGUGUGUGAAUGUGUAUAGACACAUUUUCCAAACAUCUGAAUUAGGUUGUGUUCCUACAAAGUUAUCAUGAAAUACACUUUCAAUGGAAAGUUGUAACACUAUUUUGAGUUCUCGUGUUGUGAAUUUGUUGUCAGGUAGAGAAUUUGCUGCUUUUUUAAGUUUAUGUUGAGAGCCUGCAAUAGUUAGGACAAAAUACAUAAGAACUGGCCUCCCUGGAAAGAGGUUAAUGGUUCUUUUUGCAACCGGCAUGCAAAAUUGUAAGGAUUUUGCCUUGAGAACAGUUGCUGUAAAUGGCUGAUAGGUAUGUAGCAGAAGAUACAGUACAGAACAGUACAAAUGUGAGGGACUCCGUCCACAUGUGAGGUCUCCACGUGGUAGGCCUGCUGUUACAAAUUGCAGGAAAAGAACAGACAGCUGAAAAAGCCUAAUCCUCUUUUGCUGAUGGGUUCAGGAUUUUUACAUGGUCUUGGUGCUCUGUGUUGGCAGUACAUACUAUUUGCUUAAUGCGCCAAAGUCGUCAUCUCCAUGUUAGAAUAUUGCGUGUCACACCUUUCACCACAUUUUGGGGGAAGAACCAGAAUGACACAAAUGAUUUUAAUGGAACUGUAAAUAAAGCCUUCUUGAUACUUGUGUCAGUAUUUUUUCAAGCAAG